GUGGUCAUCGCCCUCCUCUCCCUGGGCAUCGCCUACUACGUCAGCAGAGUCCUGCCUUUCUCAGGGUGGAGAGGAGGCAGGAAAAUAAAUGAAGAUCUUUAUGUAGAACAAAAACUCUGGUGUUUAUUUGUUGUGCAAAUCUGAUCAUUUUAUUGGAAUCUGAACGACAUCAUGUGAUGCUGUCAGCACGAAGAAGAGAGGACGGUGACUCAGAGACACCGACAGCUUCAUGUGUGGCCUAACACCUUUACAAGCACUCAUUGAUAAAGUCACCUUUACAUCCCUGUUUGCUCUGUUACAAGCUGUAUAUUGCUGAUGUUUUGUAACUUUUCAUUGUUUUCUCCUCACUUGUUAUUUAUUCAAAUGUCUUUGGUGUGAAUUUUUCCCUCGCUGUCUUUAUUUCACACAAAUACCUGCAGCCUUUCUGUCUGGAAACAGUUUUGUCAGGAUAUCUUGAUGUUCUUUGUUCAAAGGGUUUCAGUGUUUAUUCCAUCAAACAUUUGAAGUCAUUUAAUGUGCAAAAUGAAUAAAAUCAUGACUGUAAUCAUCA